UCGUACAUCACAAUUUGGUUACUUUGGAAUUGGCGGUGAUGAGAAUAUGUUCGAAGGUGUUGGUUUUGGAUUUGGUGGAUUGUCAUCGAGUUAGAUGCAAACCUAGACAAGCUAUCUUAUCGCUCCGCGAAGAAAAUGGAGAUAUUAUAUUAUAUAUCUCGGAAUGUUCUUCAAACACGAGUCGGAAAUUUAAAAUCUCAGAAAACAUCGAAAGGCUAUUCACUGGUCAUAUCAAAGAAGGAAACUUGACGAUUCGUCUAAAGAACCCCCGUAAAGACAUAAUGAUACAUCAGGCUGAACUCUCAAAUUUAAUGAAGCUAGUAAAAAUUUUAAAUCUGAUAAAAUCGGGUAAUAAAAUACCUAUCGGAACUCUCAGCAACAGACCUGCUACAAACGAAGUCAGGAAAGUCGGUCAUCGCCGGCUAGUUAUAACAAGACGGGAAGACUAUCCUUUUUCUCAAGGCUUCGGUAUCGCUCUUCAUGAAGUAACUGCAACAGGAUUGAGAUUGCGUCAGUUUGAUACAAGACUGCUUAAACUUUCCGCUUUACGUUUUCUCGACUUGAGUGCUAAUUUACUGGAAACUAUUCCUCAGGAAGUACAAGAUCUCAACGUGGCUCAUUUAUGUCUAAGUAAAAACCACAUCACAAGAUGGCCAUCAGUUUCUAGCAGUUCGCCACUACCUAAAACCUUGGAAUUUCUUGAUCUAAGCAGCAACAAUUUGAUGUGGUUACCAGAUGAUUUUUGGGUUCUUACAAACCUUAGGAACGUCAAUCUUUCAAAUAACGGCUUGCGCGGUCUUCCAGUUGCCUUUCUGCACAAGUUAGAUCGUCUCUGUGUGCUUAUUUUGAAUGAUAACAAAUUGGAUUCUUUACCGUCCAUACUGCCGUCUCGUCGACUUAACCAGCUAGUGGUUUACAACAAUCCGUUUCUACCUGCCGAUUUGGCUGUUAAACCAAGUGGUGUUGUCCCAACAUUGCUCAACUGGGCAUCUUCAAGUCUUCUCCGUAGUAAUUGGUAUCCAUGCCUCGAAAACAUCUUACCCUGGGAUUUGCGUAUCCGUUUAGCAGUACUUCGAAUUUGCUUAUGCUGCCGUUUACACUGCGGUGUGAACCCUUACCGCAUCCUUGUAUCGUACAAAAGCUGGGUGAACAUUUCUUGCGACCGACAAAACCCGCCAAACAUUCUGACAUACUUAUGCAGUGAUAAGUGUUUAGCAACGUUCAGUUCCGGUACUUGGAGAUACACUUUAGAUUAGUUUCUGGUUGAUACUUCCUUUUUUGUGUGGAGUCCUAAUUUCUUUCUAAACACUUCAGUGUUGCAAACCUACUUAUCAAUGAUGACUGUAUCACUGAUGAAUACACAUAUUUCUCCUCUAAUUUCAUUGUUUUAUUGAAGACAGUUGGAUAGUGAAUAUUUUCGAGACGGAUGAAGUUGGUAGACGUUGGGGUAACUCAAAACGGUAGUAAGGAUUUUGCAGCUAGUUCAAUGAAUUAGAUGAGCGU